GCCACACCCACUUGUCACUUGUCUAGCUGACUGCUUGCUCUGAUCUUGGUGUCUGAUCUGCUUCUCCAAGAUGAACCUGUAUGUGUGGGGCAUUGCCACUUUUGCCGCCUUUGGGGGUUUCAUGUUUGGCUAUGACAUUGGGGUCAUCAAUGGAGUGAAAGAGAUGGAAGGCUUUCAAAUGACUUUUAACCUCUCCCAGGGGAACACCAGUCAGCAGUGUUCCACUGACAUUGGAGAGAGCACAAUAUUGGGAUUGAUUGUUUCCAUCUUUUCCAUCGGGUGCUUGCUGGGAGCUCUACUGGCAGGAGCUCUCUCCGAGAAAACAGGACGUAAGCCAGCGAUCAUAAUAGGAGGGCUCGUUUUCAUUAUAGGAGGUGCUCUGCAAAGCGCUGCUUUUUUUAUCUGGAUGAUAUUGCUGGGACGAAUUAUUGCUGGAGUAGGAGUGGGAAUUCUCAGCAUGGUUGUUCCUGUUUACAAUGCUGAAGUGUCUCCCAAAUCACUGAGGGGUCGUCUAGUGUCCCUGAACCAGCUGGCAAUAACGGCGGGCAUCAUGGUGAGCUUCAUUACCGCAGUGUGGACCAAGUUGUUCCUAGUGGGCUGGAGGGUGGCACUUGGCCUUCAAUGUGUCCUUGGGGUCAUCUUAAUUGUGGGAAUGCUGUUCCUCCCUGAGACACCAAGAUGGCUUGUCAAGAAGCACAAAGAUGAGAGGGCAUUGCGAGUCCUGAGUCGACUGAGAGGUGGUGGUCCAGAGGAGAUCCAGGAAGAACUGAGCGAGAUACAGUCCUCAGUCAAGGAGAGUGAGGCGGGGGGAGGGGGAGCCUUCCUCGUCUGGAGAGCACUAUUCACCUGGAACAUGAUGCAGAGGGUCCUGAUUGGAGUAUUUCUGCAGUUGUUUCAGCAGUUCACAGGAAUGAAUGUUAUCAUGUACUAUUCUACGUUCAUCUUUGGGCGUAUUGGAGUGGAGGAGUAUGUCUCCACGGCGAUAGUGGGCACAAUCAACUUUUUGGUCACCUUCUUAGCCAUCUUUUUUGUGGACAAGGUUGGAAGAAAGACCCUCCUUCUUCUUGGUGGAGUGGGAAUGCUUCUGUCCAUGUUUGCAGCUGCCACUUUCAUUAAAGCAUUUGGGAUCGAAGACUCUCAGUGCUCUUCAGAAAACAUUGGAGCCAUUGGAUACGUUGUGGUCUUCUUUGUGUGUUUCUUUGUCUUCAACUUUGCGUACAGCUGGGGCCCCAUUGCCUGGGUGGUUACCAGUGAAAUAUUCCCCCUGCACGUCCGGGGAGUAGCCGUCUCGGUAACGACUGCUGCCAACUGGAUCGGAAAUUUUGUGAUUGCCAUAUUGACACCAAUUCUGAUAACAUCUCCUCUGGGAAUUUACGGAACAUUUUAUAUUCUUUCUGGUGCUCUGUUCCUAGCCGUUCUAUUUGUUCUUCUAACACUACCUGAGACAAGUGGUGAGAGCCUAGAGGGAAUUGAUGCUAUUUUCGCACAACCUUGGCUUAAGAGAACCAAUGUCCUUUACUAUCUGAGGUGUGGGUGUCCAUGGCGAUGCUGGCAGAAGAGGUCUGUAACUUUUCGUUCUAACGUACUACAAGAAAAAGAAUCGUCUCGUGCAGACAAGCAAGAAGAUCAAGCUCUGUUGCUUCAAAGCAAAGAAGAUUCCAUGAGUGACACAGACCAAAAACAAUGAUCUAGUGAAUCGAGCAUAUUGUCAUGCAGGUGCACACGUCUGUAUACCCAUUCAUGUCUUGUUUUUUUAACUCUUUUUAUGAAUGUACAAGUCAAGUCUUUUUUUAUAUAAGUAUUAUAUAUAAUGAAA